UUCACUGUUUCAAGUAAAAUUAUUUUAUACCUACCUAUAUUUUUAUUGAAAUUAGUGUUUUUAUAAGUUUACUGCGAUAUAAGGACUUUUGUUUUAUAAUUUUACCAAAGCCGAAUGUAAAUUAAACCGCUUUAUAUUUUAUCCUAUGAUUUUAAACCUAUAGUAUUUAUUACUUACUAACAUGUAAAACGAUGCGGUUCCAUCCUUGUGCUUGUGUUGUUGAUUUCUGAUGCUCGUGCAAAAUGCCGAUUUGAUUACCAAGUGAAUGUUAUCGUGAGUGUUUUAAAGAUGAUGACUACGAUGUCGGCUGGUGGUCCAGGGGACCCGCAUACACAAAUGAACACAUACCGUAGUUAUGUGACGAUGUUGGCGGACCCCGGUGCUAAAGACGAGAUCAAACUCAAAGCUGCACAAGAACUUAGCGAGAAUUUCGAGGUAAUAUUAAGCUCCCCACAGUAUCCACAAUUUCUGGACCAUUCUCUCAAAAUAUUCCUCAAGAUACUUCAAGAUGGUGAACCUCACUUCAUAGCCGAGUACAAUAUACAACAAGUUAGGAAACUUAUACUUGAAAUGAUCCACCGCUUACCUAUAAGUGAAACAUUGAGGCCUUAUGUUAAGAGUAUUCUGAUUUUGAUGUUAAAACUGAUGGAGAUUGAGAAUGAAGAGAAUGUGCUGGUCUGUUUAAAGAUAUUUAUGGAGCUCCAUAAGCAGUACAGGCCUGCUUAUAGUACUGAUGUUGAUAUUCACAAGUUUCUACAGUGGGUAAAGGGAAUAUAUUCUGAUUUGCCAAAUCAUUUGCCAAAAAUCUUUGAACCAAAACCCAUAAUUAGGGUGAAGGAUUUAUCUGAAGUUAAUAUAGAUCAGCUCCUGCAAGAGACCUACACAACAACACCCAUACACACUGAGAAAAAAUUACUAGAUGGGAGUGUUGUAACUUACAACCUCAUUCCACGGUCAGUAUUAUCACUAAAAGUGAUUCAAGAACUGCCAAUUAUAGUUGUUCUCAUGUAUCAACUUUACAAGCAAAAUGUUCACCAAGAAGUCAGCAACUUCAUACCUUUGAUCAUGGAAACUAUAACAUUGCAGCCUGCAAAUACACAUAGGCAAUCAGCAUCAUUCAAUAAGGAGGUGUUUGUGGACUUCAUGGGAGCCCAAAUAAAGACACUGGCGUUUUUGGCAUACAUCAUCAGAAUAUACCAGGAUACGAUUGCCAACCAUGCAAAUUUGAUGGUGAAAGGAAUUAUCGGGCUACUCACACUGUCUCCACCUGAAGUGGCACACUUGAGAAAGGAACUAGUGAUUGCUACACGACAUAUUCUGGCCACAGAUUUGAGAUUGAAAUUCGUCCCAUACAUGGAGCGGCUAUUCGACGAGGAUGUGUUACUCGGUGGAGGUUGGACGGUGCACGAGUCGCUACGACCGCUCGCGUACUCCACCCUGGCCGACCUAGUGCAUCACGUGCGUCAACACUUGCCCCUGACUGACCUCGCCAUCGCGGCCCAUUUGUUCUCUAAGAAUGUACAUGAUGAAUCUCUGCCAACCAGCAUCCAGACAAUGUCUUGCAAAUUGUUGCUCAACCUAGUGGACUGCAUACGGCAACGGUCGGAAAACGAAGCGGGCGCGCCCCAGGGCCGACACUUGCUCAUGCGUAUUCUUGAAGUGUUUGUGCUGAAGUUUAAGACUAUUUCUAAGCUGCAACUACCAGCGCUCAUGGCUAAAUGUAAACAAACCACAGCUACUCCAAAUGGAACAAAUGGAAGUACUAACCCCAGUACACCGACCACACCGGCUCCCACUGCAACCACUCCUGAAGUGAAAGUCGAGGAAGAGAAACCCACACCGGACUUCUUGGACAGCAUUAACAAAAAUGAGGAAAAGUCCAAAAUUGGCUUCCCUACAUCACAAAUGAACAAUCUCAAUGUAGGCGACUAUAGAACACUGGUCAAGACUUUGGUGUGUGGUGUUAAGACUAUUACUUGGGGAUGUGCUUCUUGUAAAACAACAACAAAUAGUGAGGGUACAUCUACAACAACCAUAACAGGUCAAAAGCAGUUCAGUGCUCGAGAAACACUUGUGUUUAUCCGAUUAGUACGAUGGGGGCUACAAUCUCUAGAUAUUUACACUCUAUCCGCGCCGAGAACUUCCGCGCAGCCUCCGGCGCAACCACACGUGCGGUCAAAGGAAGAAAAGGAAGUGCUUGAACAUUUCAGUGGUGUGUUCUCAAUGAUGAACCCUCAAACAUUCCAAGAAAUUUUCACAGCAACAAUAUCUCACAUGGUCGAAAGAAUAAACAAAAAUCCCACUUUACAAAUAAUCGCUAACACGUUUUUGUCUAAUCCUGCAACAUCGCCUAUAUUUGCCACAGUAUUAGUGGAAUAUUUGCUGAAGAGAAUGGAAGAAAUGGGAACCAAUAUAGAGCGGUCAAACUUGUAUCUGAGGCUCUUUAAGUUAGUCUUUGGUUCAGUUAGUUUGUUUCCGACUGAAAAUGAGCAAAUGCUGCGACCUCAUUUGCACAGUAUAGUGAACAAGGCGAUGGAUUACGCUAUGACGGCAAAAGAGCCAUAUAACUACUUUUUGUUGUUGAGAGCAUUAUUCCGCUCGAUCGGAGGCGGUAGUCACGACUUACUGUACCAAGAAUUCUUGCCUUUGCUGCCCAAUUUGUUAGAAGGAUUAAAUCGUCUUCAGAGUGGAUUGCACAAACAGCACAUGAAAGAUCUCUUCGUGGAAUUAUGCUUGACUGUGCCCGUAAGACUAAGUAGUCUGUUACCUUAUCUACCUAUGUUAAUGGAUCCGUUGGUAUCUGCUCUUAAUGGAUCUCAUACAUUAAUUUCACAAGGCUUGCGAACUCUAGAGCUCUGUGUGGAUAACUUGCAACCAGAUUUCUUAUACGAACAUAUUCAGCCUGUAAGAGCAGAUCUGAUGCAGGCACUUUGGAGAACUUUACAGAAUAAUGAAGUUGCAAGAAUAGCAUUCAGAGUUCUCGGGAAAUUUGGCGGAGGAAAUAGGAAAAUGAUGAUUGAACCGCAGAGGUUAGAAUACCGAGAAACUGACGCCCCUCCUCCCGCCGUCCAAGCUUACUUCCAAGACCAACCCAAACCAAUAGAUUUUGAAGUCGAUAAAGUAAUAGAGACCGCAUUUUCCGCACUAAAGUCAAGUACGACAGAUCCGUUCUACCGCCGACAAUGUUGGGAAGUCCUUCGUUGUUACUUGGCUGCGUCACUGAAUCUAGACGAUGAUAGAGCGACAUUACAAAAGCUGUUCAAUCACCCCAAUUUCCUCGAAGGCAAGAUUCCGCCACAAAACGGACCAUACUACAAAUGCAACAACACAAUUGUCAGAAAUACUCAUUGCACUGCUCUGACGGGAAUGUUCGUUGCUGCAGCAAUCAAAGAACUCAGGCAUCAUGUAUUACCUACAAUGGUUUCCCUCGUUCGACAUUAUACAUUGGUAGCUAUAGCUCAAGAAGCCGGGCCAUUCGCGGGUACGGGAGGGCCGAAAGAAGGUCUCGAUGCCUUGGUACUAGUUGACGCGAUCGCAGUGGUAAUGGGUCACGAAGAAAAGGAGCUGUGCAAACCCGGUCAUUUGGCUUUAGUCUUGAUGAUAGAGACAGCAGCAACUGUGCUAGGCAGCAAAGAGAGAGCUUGUCGCCUACCGUUAAUGGAGUACUUAGCCGAGCGAAUGUCUGCUCUAUGCUACGAACGUGCUUGGUACGCGAAAUUGGGUGGUUGUAUUGCUGUUAAAUUUAUGUUCGAGAAGAUGGCUCCAGAGUGGGUUUAUAAACACGUUUUCACGUUUUUGAAAGCUGUACUUUUUGUCAUGAUGGAUUUAACUGGCGAAGUUUCGUCUGGAGCUAUCGAUAUGGCGACCGUGAAUUUGGAACGUUUAGUUCGAGUGUGCGUUACCGGACCGGUCGGUCAAGGCGUAGAGCCUGAAGGCGACGUGGCCGUGGCAAAGGCUCGCGCUUUAUACGAUGUCUUACAAGAACUUGUUCUACAAGUCACUAGUCCUCAUCUUCUUGUUCGCCAACAGGCAAUGAAAUCGUUAGAACUAAUCGCGGAGCUGCAAAAUAAAACAGUGACAGAAGUGAUGGAUCCUCAUAGAGAAGUUUUGGCGGAUAUAAUUCCACCGAAGAAGCAUCUAUUACGUCAUCAACCGGCAAACGCGCAGAUGGGCUUGAUGGACGGUACCACAUUCUGUACCACGCUAAAGCCAAGACUGUUUACAAUAGAUCUGAAUAUAAACGAGCACAAAGUGUUCUUCCGGGAAUUGCUUUCUCUUUGCGAAGCGGAAGAUGCCAUGCUCGGCAAACUGCCGUGCUACAAGGGCGUCAACUUAGUACCCUUGCGCUCCUCGGCUCUUAAGGCCUUGGCCGCCUGCCACUACAUUCAGGAGAAGCACUGCCGAGAGAAGAUAUUCCAAGUUUUGUAUAAGUCGCUAGAGAAAAAUGAUCAAGAAUUACAACAGGCUGGUUUUGAAUGCAUGCAAAAAUUCCUAUCAGGAUUUCAAAUUGAUAUGGAAAUGGUUCACCCGGUAAUGCGUCCAUUGUUACUGACGUUGGGUGAUCAUAGGAAUGUUAGUGUGAACGGGGCAAAGAGAUUGUCAUACUUGACACAACUGUUCCCUUCGACGUUCAGCGAGAAACUCUGUGAACAAUUGCUACAGUUGUUAAAGAAACUUUUGGACUAUUCAAUACAAACAAAUAGAGGUGGCAACUUCCUCCAAAGUGUAUCAAAGAACAUGGAAAAUGAGCAGAAGAUUAUUAUAUUGAUCGGCAUUUUCCAUCAAAUACCCGCCGCGUCGCCGCGUUUUAUAGAUGUUCUAUGUCGACUUAUCUUCCAUACUGAGAAAUCUCUCAUGAUCGAAGCUGGUUCGCCGUUUAGAGAGCCAUUAGUAAAUUUCCUGCUAAGGUAUCCGAAAGAAACCUUAGACCUAAUAAUGAGUGAUAACAAUAUCAAAGACCAACAGUGGAGCCGCUUCCUCGUAUAUCUAGUCAAACACUCAGAAGCUGGUCCCGCGUUCAGGGAAGCUUUACAAACUUCCAAGAAGCCUCGUCUUAUGCAACUACUAGCAGCCAAUAGUGGAGGAGCCGGAGCGACUAUACCUCAGGCUGAUAAGGCAGAGAUGCAGUUCCAAGCGAUUCGGGUCAUAUCCAUAUUGAUAAAAUUUGAUGAUCAGUGGCUUUCCACGCAGCACGAUUUGAUUGAAUUGAUUAAACGUAUUUGGUGCAGUGAUCAGUAUCAUGAAGUCCACAAAAAAGUGGAGAAUGUGGAUUGCACACACUGGAAGGAGCCAAAGUUGAUUGUUAAAAUUCUACUGCAUUACUUCUGCCACCAUCCAUCUAACAUCGACUUAUUAUUCCAACUGUUGCGAGCUUUAUGUGACCGUUUUAUUCCCGAUUUCCAGUUUCUCCGCGAUUUCCUUGAAAACACAGUAGCUCAGAACUACACAGUGGACUGGAAGCGAUCAGCGUUCUUCCGUUUCGUGGAACACUUCGCGAGCGAUGCCAUGUCUCAGGAGCUCAAAGCUAAAGUACUUCAGAUGAUCCUCAUCCCAUGCUUUGCCGUCAGUUUCGAAAAAGGACAGAAGAUCGUUGGCGGUCCGCCUGCUCCGUAUCAAGACAACUCUGACAAUGUUGUAUCAGUGUUCAUAAAUAAUGUGAUAGACCCAGAAAACCCAUUCGCAUGUUCCGACGCCGUCCGAAUCUCACUACUGCAGUUCGCCUGCCUGUUGCUAGAGCAAGCAUCUGCACACAUCCACGAUGCCAAUAACAAGAAGCAGGGCAAUAAACUGCGACGGCUUAUGACCUUCGCCUGGCCGUGUCUGCUUGGUAAAAACUACGUCGACCCUGCUACAAGGUAUCAUGGACAUCUACUGCUCAGUCACAUCAUCGCAAAAUUCGCGAUACAUAAACGUAUUGUUUUGCAAGUGUUCCAUAGCCUGCUGAAAGCACACGCAGUAGAGGCUCGCGCGGUGGUUAGGGCCGCACUCGAAAUCCUCACGCCGGCCAUGCCACAGCGGAUGGAGGACGGCAACACCAUGCUGACGCACUGGACCAAGAAGAUCAUUGUGGAGGACGGACACUCGGUGCAGCAGCUGUUCCAUAUUCUGCAGCUAGUUGUGAGGCAUUAUAAGGUAUAUUACCCAGUACGACACGCAUUAGUGGGGCACAUGGUAGCAGCAAUGCAACGGCUCGGUUUCGCUGCCACAGCGUCACUAGAACACCGCCGGCUCGCUGUAGAUUUAGCCGACGUCGCGCUUAAAUGGGACUUACAGAGAAUCCGGGACCACACUCCUAUGGAUACUGUGGUAGCGACGUCGCCAAGUGGGGCAAUGAAACGCAUGUCCUCAGACGAGAGUGGUAACGAAGCUCGCAAAGCUCUUAACACGGGCUGGGCGAGUCCGCAGGCCAGCGUGUCACGUUUAGAGCCCGACGCAGCUAAACCGCUCGAAAGGCAACAUGUCGAUGUUGUAGUCAACUUGCUGCUAAGGCUCGCGUGUCAGGUGAAUGAGGGUAGUGUAGCGGGCGCCGGAGCGGCCACAACGACGACAGGCGGCGGAGGCGGUGCAGGGGGCUCGCCGGGCGAACAGUUGUCAAGACGCUGCGUACUAUUGUUACGUGCUGCGUUAAAACCGGAUGUGUGGCCGCACCUUUGUGAACCCAAACUCGCUUGGUUGGACAAGGUAUUCUCAACGGCGGAUACGAACGCGGCUGCGUGCGCAAAUGCGUGCACCGCACUGGAGUUGCUGGUGUUUCUACUGGGCGUUUUGAGACGGGAUCAAAUCCUCGCGGCGCUGAAACCUUUGCAGCGCGGUCUAGCAGCCUGCGUCGCCUCGACUAACGCAAAGAUUGUGCGACUCACGCAUAACCUGCUGGCUAAGCUUACGGCACUGUUCCCUACUGAGCCUUCUGGAGCGGCGCAAGCAUCGAAAUACGAAGAACUUGAAACUCUAUACGCGUGCGUGAGUAAAUACGCAUUCGAAGGGCUGGCUACGUACGAGAAAUCAGCUGGUGGAGCGGGCGCGACCAGUGGCGCCAGCGCUUUGCUGGGGCCUUUGAUGAUGUUGAAAGCCUGUUGCGCGUCCAGCGCUGGCUACGUGGACCGAUUGCUGCUGCCUUUGAUGAGGGUGCUGCAACGUAUGGCGAGAGAUCAUGUCGCACCUAACCCUGACGCGGCUACUUCCGAUUUGUUGAUAUUAGCAUUGGAUCUUCUGAAAGCAAGAGUUUCUGUGAUGCCAGUCGAAACAAGGAAAACGUUUAUCGGGACAAUACUCGUUGGACUUAUUGAAAAGACUAAUGAUGCAAAGGUAAUGAAAGCAAUAACCCGCAUGGUAGAAGAGUGGGUGAAAUGGAAAGGAAUCGCGGCCGGGGCGGCGCCUUCGCUACGGGAGAAAUCCAUCCUGCUUGUGAAGCUUAUGCAGUAUGUUGAAAAACGAUUCCCCGACGAUUUGGAGCUGAACGCACAUUUCCUGGACCUUAUCAAUUAUGUUUACAGAGAUGAGCAUUUAAAAAUGACAGAACUAUCAAUGAAACUCGAACCAGCAUUCUUAGCGGGUUUACGAUGUCCGCAACCACACAUUCGCGCGAAGUUCUUUGAGGUGUACGACGGCAGCGUGCGACGUCGCGUGUUUGACCGCCUCCUAUACAUCAUAUGCUCCCAGAACUGGGAACACAUCGGACAGCACUUCUGGAUCAAGCAGUGUCUUGAACUAUUACUUGUUACUUGUGUUUCUAGCACACAAAUUCGAUUGUCGAAUACCAAAUACCUGCUUCCGAACAUAGCAGCGGUGAUUAACUGGGCUGACAGCGAAGAGAGGAAGUCUUUUGUGAUAUUUAGUACUGUGAAGGAGGAAUCCGCGGAUGGGUUCAGUGAUUCUCUUGAUCCAGACAAAGAGGAUGUAUUGGAUAUGGAUCUUGACUCCAGUUCUAAUCAGAAGGAUGAUUUGACAAAAAAUGUGCCGAACAGACAAAGAGCCCUAAAUCAAAUAGUAGCAAAGCAAUCAGAGUUCCUAGAGUUAGCGAGGCGCGUGCGCACAGAACAGCUGGUGACGGCGGCCGCGCAGCUCGCGCACAUGGACGACGCGCUAGCACACCACACCUGGCUGCGCCUCUUCCCCGCGCUGUGGGCCUCGCUAGACGAGCGACAACUUACUACAAUAAUGAAUGAGAUAGUACCCUUCAUAAUAUCCGGAGUGCAUGUAAUUCAGCGCGACCAGCCCCUCAGUGCGCUCAACACAUUCAUUGAAGCUCUCGCUCGGUGCAACCCACCAGUUUCAAUUAAACCACCUAUGAUGAAGUACCUCGGAAAGACACACAACUUAUGGCAUCGAAUGACUCUCAACUUGGAACAGAUGGCUAUCGAUCAGGCGAGUGGUCGGACAAAUCGGGAAGCUCUUGAGAUAUACGACUACGAUGUGGAAACCACUCCACCCACAGAGAUACUAGACUCUUUAAGUGACAUGUACGAAUUACUGCAAGAGGAAGACAUGUGGUCCGGUCUAUGGCAGAAACACGCUCGGUAUCGAGAGACGAAUGUUGCAAUUGCGUAUGAACAGCAAGGCUUCUUCGAGCAAGCCCAGGCUGCAUACGACGUCGCUAUGGCCAAACUAAAACAAGAAUACUCGGCAAACCCGUCGUCCUAUAAUAUGCACAAGGAAUGUACUCUGUGGACCCAACAUUGGAUCAAAUGCGCCAAGGAGCUGAACCAAUGGGAUUCGUUACUAGAGCUCGGCUUGACUAGGAAUGUUCGAGACCCGUUUUUAAUCCUCGAAAGUUCAUGGAGGAAUCCGAAUUGGCCAACUAUGAAGGAUGCGCUCGCUGAAGUGGAGUAUAACUGUCCAAAGGAAUUAGCGUGGCUCGUGAACCUUUACCGCGGGUACCUGUGCAUCUGCGCGGGCGGCGAGCAGCAGCUGAGCGGCGUGGAGCGGCACGCGGAGGCCGCGGCGGCGCAGUGCCUGCGCGAGUGGCGCCGCCUGCCGCGCCUCGUGUCGCACGCGCACCUGCCGCUGCUGCGCGCCGCGCAGCAACUCAUGGAGCUCAGCGAGGCCGCGCAGAUACAUACUGGACUGCUUCAUAGUCGACCGACGUCGCUACAUGACAUGAAGGCCAUAGUGAAGACUUGGCGCAACCGACUGCCCGUAGUGGCUGAUCCUCUGUCCCACUGGGGCGCCAUCUUCACUUGGCGCCAGCAUCACUAUCAGUUCAUCGCAUCACACUAUGAUUCGCAGACCGACCACGCGUCCAACCACAGUAUGCUUGGCGUGCAUGCCAGCGCGCAGGCAAUAAUACAUUUUGCUAAGAUAGCAAGGAAACAUAACUUAUCUGGUGUGUGCUUGGACUCUUUACACCGCAUAUACACAAUACCUAGCGUUCCCAUAGUAGACUGCUUCCAAAAGAUUAGACAACAGGUCAAAUGUCAUAUCCAGAUGUCGUGGACAGAGGGAAAAGACGAAUUGCAAGAAGGAUUAGAUAUGAUAGAAUCGACCAACUUCAAGUACUUUACGAAAGAAAUGACAGCAGAAUUCUACGCUUUCAAAGGGUUGCUUUUGGCUCAAUUAGGAAGAUCUGAAGAUGCAAAUAAGGCGUUCGCUGCAGCCGUACAGUUACAUGAUACUUUGGUCAAAGCCUGGGCGCUAUGGGGUGAUUAUUUGGAGAAAAUCUUUAUAAGAGACCCGCGGCAAACGCAAGUCGGAGUGUCUGCUAUGACGUGCUUCCUCCACGCUUGUAGACAUCAGAAUGAAUCGAAGUCCAGGAAAUAUUGCGCCAAGGUUCUCUGGAUGCUGAGUUUCGACGACGAGAAGAACAGCCUCUCCGAGGCCCUAGACAAGUACUCGGUGGGCGUGCCGCCCGUGCAGUGGCUGCCGUGGAUACCGCAGCUGCUGGCCUGCCUCGUGCAGUACGACGGAAACGUUAUACUGAACCUCUUGAGCCACGUGGGUCGCCUAUACCCGCAAGCAGUGUACUUCCCCAUCCGCACGCUGUACCUGACGCUGAAGAUCGAACAGCGCGAGCGCCACAAGACCGCCGAGAGCCAUCACCAGCCCGCUACCACUGCCGCCAGCACUGCGGGCACCAAGCCCAGCGAUGGAGCGUCCACGUCGAGUGGCGGAGCGAGCACCAGCUCCGGGGAGGCGGGGCCCAUCAAGGCCACGCUGCCCAUGUGGCGCUGCUCCAAGAUCAUGCAGCUGCAGCGAGAGAUACAUCCCACCGUGCUAUCCUCGCUCGAGGGCAUCGUCGAUCAGAUGGUGUGGUUCCGCGAGAACUGGUACGAGGAGGUGCUGCGGCAGCUGCGCGCCGGGCUCGCCAAGUGCUACGUGGUAGCGUUCCACCACCGCGCCGCCGUGGCCGUGGCCACCGUCACGCCGCACACGCUCAACUUCAUCAAGAAGGUCGUCUCCACCUUCGGCAUCGGCAUCGGGAUAAAAAGUGUUACAAGUUCUGUAAGUGGUGCAUUCUCUUCAGCUGCAUCGGAGAGCCUCGCGCGGCGCGCGCAGGCCACCGUGCAGGACCCCGUGUUCCAGAAGAUGAAGAGCCAGUUCACGGCCGACUUUGACUUCACUCAGCCCAACGCUAUGAAAUUACAGAACCUCAUACAGAAACUGAGGAAGUGGGUCAAGAUACUCGAGGCCAAAACUAAGGUUCUGCCCAAAUCAUUCCUUAUUGAAGAAAAAUGCAGAUUCCUGUCAAACUUUAGCCUGAAGACGGCUGAGGUGGAAUUGCCCGGGGAAUUUUUGCUGCCGAAACAUACACAUUACCACGUCAGGAUUGCGCGCUUCAUGCCGCGCGUGGAAAUUGUCCAGAAGCACAACACGUCUGCACGUAGACUGUACAUACGGGGGCAUAACGGCAAGAUAUACCCGUACCUCGUGGUCAACGAUUCUGGGCUCGGCGACGCCAGGAGAGAGGAGCGGGUGCUGCAACUGCUGAGAAUGCUCAACCACUAUCUGGGCAAACAGAAAGAAACUUCUCGAAGGUUUUUGCACUUCACUGUGCCUCGAGUCGUGUCGGUGUCGCCUCAGAUGCGUCUCGUGGAGGACAAUCCCAGCUCCAUUUCUCUACUGGACAUCUAUCGCACUGAGUGCGCGAAUAGGGGUGUAGAGUACGACGCACCAAUAACGCGAUAUUACGAGCGCCUCGCGGCCGUGCAAGCGCGGGGCUCGCAAGCUUCUCAUCAAGUUUUACGAGACAUUUUACGAGAGGUGCAAGCAACGAUGGUGCCACGAGGAUUAGUGCGAGAAUGGGCGGCGCGUACAUUCGCCGCACCAACUGACUAUUGGACCUUCCGCAAGAUGCUGACAUUGCAACUGUCCCUCGCUGCCUUCGCCGAAUACGUGCUGCACCUCACGCGCCUCAACCCGGACAUGCUCUACGUGCACCACGACUCGGGACUUCUCAACGUCGCCUACUUCAAGUUCGACGUCGAUGAUACCACAGGGGAACUGGACGGCAACCGGCCUGUGCCGUUCCGUUUGACGCCGAAUAUUUCGGAGCUCAUCACUACCAUCGGAACGACCGGGCCCCUGACCGCGUCGGCCAUCGCUGUGGCCCGCUGUCUCGUCACACCUAACUUCAAGAUACAGUCCAUCUUAAGGACUAUCUUGCGGGAUGAAAUGAUAACCGGCUACCGCAAGCGGCUCGAGGACAAAUCUGGCAUCCCUACCGCGGGAACGUCGACUGAUAACAAACCGAUGGAGAUGGAUAAUGAAACCAUUAUCAACAUGGUCACCAAAGCCGUGACAGUCAUCAUGAACAGGCUGAACUCUCUCGCGCUGUUCGAUGGCCCCGACAGCAAAGUGGCAACCCUGGUCACCGCGGCCAACAGUCACGACAACCUUUGCCGUAUGGACCCCGCAUGGCAUCCUUGGCUGUAAGGACGCUUAAGUCCAAAUAUUAACAGGAGUGAAAAUCUGCCUACCUGUCUACCUGUGGAAUAGCACUUAUGAAAUGCAAAGGUUCACCCCAUUUAGGAAGUGAAUCCCCAACUGUGAGGUGAUAAUCCAGUCACCUGCCAACAGGCCAGUACUAUUAGGAUGAUCUUGAGAUCUCCUACUAAAUUCAUAUGGUGACUAAUUUCAUCAUCGACAUGACCAAAGCCGUGACCGUGAUCAUGAAUAGUCUCAAUUCCCUUGCACCAUUCGGCGGCCCCAACAGCAAGUUGACAACCCAGGUCACCGAGAGCCAUAACAAUAUCUGCCGUAUGGACCCCACCCGCAUGGCAUCAUUGGCCGUCAAGGUCCUAAAAUAAACUGUCGGCGCAAACAAGAUGUUAUUACUCAGUUCAAACUCCAAUAAUGCUAUUAAGAUGACCUUGACACAUCUUGACCACACAAAUGAAUCAGCUGUAAGUAAUGAACAACCAAACCAUCAUAAACAUGGUGACCAAAGUCGUGAUCAUGAACAGAGUAACAGACUCUCGUGGUGUUCGACGGCCCCGAUAGCAAAGUGGCAACCCUGGUCACUGCGGCCAACAGCCACGAUGAGCUUUGUCGUUUGUAUCCCACUUGGAAUCCCUGGAUGUAAUGGCUGUAAAAAUUCUAAGGUAUUUAUUCCAAAAAAGAUGUUCAUACUCAAAAUAAAUGCUAUUAGAUGGACUUUACAUCCACUAACGUCACAUGGUGAGUAAUGUGAAGUGGCAAGCUGGGGUCUUCCGCAGCCAACAGCCACGAUAAUCUUUGCCAUAUGGAUCGCUUAUGGCAUCCUUGACUAUUUAUAACUGAAUAAACGCUACGGUCCAUAAAUUGAAACGUCGUCCAGAAAAAAAGUAUUGCGAUCCCUAAACUACAAAGAACCGAUCUCCAACUAUGAACUGGUGAUGUUUGUCAACAGCAAAGUCAUUCUUUGUUGAUGGACUACGCACCAUUGGCUACAUUGGCUUUAGGUAAUUGGAUUCAAGCUAGGGUCACAAAAUAAAAAAUAUAUUAACGCACCGUUCGACAUCAACGCUAGACUGAUUACUAGAUACUAAGACACAAAUGUGAGACUAUAAAAUAUAUGCCGUAUAAAACCGGCUUGGCAUCCUUGGCCAAAGUAUAAAAUGCCAGCAACGACUUAUUAAGUUAAUGCUAAAAAUCCCAAACAAGAUACUAAGAUGCCGUUUGAAGUUAUAAUACCGUGAUGGCAACCUUCCUUCCUACGGAUUUGUGAGACUUAAUAGCUAAGUGCUAUCGGCCGUCAAGUUGGCGAACGCGAGAACGAUAGUAGGCGAAAAUUAACCGAGUGCUUCGCACACUUCAGUCAAACGCGCAUUUCGUAUCUGUAGGGGAUUUUUUUCUGCAGCUAAGGAUAAUUAGUAGAAUUAGUGUUAAAAAAUCGUAGCCGCUAAAUAUUGUAAAUAAUAUAUAAUAUAAUUACUGUAAGAUAAUAAAAUGUUGUUUUAAAUUUUUAUAUUAUUAUAAUUAAUUAGGUACAUACUCGCCAAUUUAUUUUUUGUCUGGAUAUGAAUAUGAGGAAAGUGGCUAAAAAUUAAAUUUAUUUUUAACUCGGCUUACGGAGUAAAAGUUCAUACAAAAGCCUUAUUGUUAAAUUAAAUAUGGAAAUUAUUAAAUCAUAAAAGGAAAAUGCGUAAAAUCAAUUUGUAAUUUUGACAAAAAUCGUUAUUUUAUUGAUGCACAUGAAACUCUGUAUGCAUAAAUUCGUACUAGCCCGGGAGCAUUAUCAAGUUAGGUAGUCCUUGGCAAUCUUUAUGACCGCUUUGGACCACGCAGCAAGUUAGCGACCAAUAAACGAACUCCAGCUUGUUCAUCUGAAAUUUGCGUUCCGCGCAUCGAAACGCGUCUAUGUUCAGGGCGACCGUCAAGAUUGCCGAGAGCAGCUAUAAAAGCUUAGAACCUCUCCGAUACCUGAGUAUGAAAAGCACGAUCUGUCAACCGUUCCUUGCAAGAUUCGUGAUUUAUCUUCGCGAAAAUGUGUUUUGGCUGAUGCUGUUGUACACAAUCUCUUAAGUAAAUUGAAGGUCUCUAGUGUUAUACUUUUCUACGGGGAGCAUUAUGAAAGUAUUAGAAAUACAUUUAGACAUUGUCAUGUUACUUUAGAAAUUGUCUACAACUAAAUAGCCACAAUCCAUACUGGAGUAUGGAUUGUGGCUUGGAUUGGAAAUCAUUGCUAUUUAUUUUUAAAACUGUAUAAGAAUUGUUGCUUGAAAAUUACUUGUUACAUAAAUGUAUUAUCCUCACUCUUGAAAUAAAUUGUAAUAUAGGUAAUAUGAUUUUUUGUCAAUAAAGUUUUAAAUUCGCAUUCA